GCGGUGGCUACGGGGAGCCAGCCUCGGCCCUGAGCUCGCUGUUGUCCGAUGGGGUCCUUGACUUUGACCUCGGGGACCUGGGUGACAGUGAUGAUGAAGGCCUCCCCACGGGGAAGAAUUUGAAGCCGUUCUGGGCGGAGAUCGCCAAGAGAAUCUCCAUGGAAGAGUGGAGAACGAAGAUGAAGAAGGCGAUGGAUAGAGAGCCCAAGCUCAAGUGGGUGAUGCCAUCCUGUCCCUCAAGACGGCCCUUGGGAACUUCGCUCGCGCACACGCGACCCCGGAGGAGCUGCCCCCGGGCGACGAGCCCACUUCACACCGCAGCCGUCGAGGACAGCACGGGGACCCUGAUGCCUAUCCACCCUGCCCUUGUGGUUCAAGGCCUGGAGGGAAUCUCCACAGACAACCUCCACUGGGUCCGUCUUAUUUUGUUAGGGCUGGACUUCAUGUACUGUUCGGCGUGGUCAAAGGCAGUUUGCGUGCCAAUGGCACGGGUUCUCACCGCCAACCAGAAGGAGGCUAUUAAGCGAAUUGGAGAGCAGGUGAACCGCCUCAUUUCGCGAGAGGACCGGCUACCUCCGGCCAAGGCCGCGGCUGCCAAGCUGUGUUCCAAGAAGUUUGACUACAAUGGUCAGCCGGUGGAGCGCAUGAGGGACCUCGUUGCUGAGAAGGUCCUGAAGGCCUGGCCAAGGGUCGGAUCCGCGGCGGUGGUUGACUUGAGAGACUGCCUGCCGGAGGAGCUGAGGACAGCUCUAGACCGGCCGCGAGAUUUCUUGCUGCCCGAAGCAGAGCUCCCAGAGAGGCAUCGGGGCUCCAAGGUGAGAGCCUCCGAUGAGGAGUGGCGCAAGAUUGUGAAGGCCGGUUACGACCGAGGAAUGUUUGUAGCAGUGGACGACCGUGAGGUGCCCCGGGACAAGCAGGGCCACCUCAUCACGAAUGGCGCUGGGGCUGUGGUGAAGAUGAAGAAAGAAGGGGGCCGGGAUGUAGAAGCCCAACGCUUUAUCUCGGUUCUUUGCCCCACCAACGAUGCGAUGAG